CAAAAACAGGUUUCUGUCUCUGGACAGACAAAGUGGACCCAAUAAAUCGUACUACGCCAGCCAGGCGCCCACUCCAAUAAACAAUAGAAGAAAAGUCGAAAAUCAUGUGGAGGGGUCCAUAGCCCACGGGCUUUGUCAGAUGAUAAUUGGUUGCAAGUCUCUCAGAUAUUGGCGAGUGUGCCAAAUCCUUUCACAUUUGAAGCUACCUGUGCUGCCACGUAAUCCGAACAUCAGGUCAUCGAAGCAUCUUCCUCUUGGCCCCACGCCCCACACUCUUUUUUUUUUGCUUAGCUGCUAGUGGUGUCGCUGUAUAUUAUAGAUCCAGAUCUAUCACGUUUUACUCGUCAUUGAUCGAGCAAAUAAAGCAUUAGCUACUUCUUCACUUUACUUCCACUCAAGCAAGGAAGCACCUCAUAAAAAAAAAAAAACGCACUGACAGUUUUCUUUUUUUCCUGGCAUUUUUCUUUGUUUCAAUCAAAAGCUGAAAACCCAGAUUGAGAUUGAAGCUAAUUCAUCAAAGGAUGUAAUGUAGAGCAGUUAAAGAUUGUGUCUUGGGGAUGUUUCCAGGGGGCAAAAUGGAGGAAACUUUGUUUGAAAUGAAGCCAAGAAAAAGAGUUCCAAUGAAGGUUUGGUUAACUGCUCAAAGAUCAAUGGGUCUCCUUGUGGGUGGAAAUCACACAUCCUCCAGGUUUUGCACUCGCUAAAUUUGUUUUCUUGUUUUGUGUUGGGUUCAGUUUCUCUUGAUUUCUCAUUUUAGUUGAUAAAAACAACGGUCUCUUUUAUAUCAAAGAUUGGAUCUGUCUUGCUGCCUAUUGAGUUUGAAAGUGUUAAGACCAUGGAUUUUAAGACCUUUAUGUUGAUGAUCCUUCAUGGGUCUUUAGCUAGGCGUGUGCUUUUACGCGCUUUCAUGCUUGCUGCUACUUUGUCAAUUGUUCCUUUACUGCAAAUCAUAUCUGGGGCACAUCCAGAGAUGUUGUAUACCCUUUCUACCUCAGCAGACUGUGCCCUUGAACCUGGAUCUUUAGGUCCAUUUAUGUUUCCAGGCACCAUUUUGUUCUCCAAAGUUUGGGGUUCAUUUGGAUCGGUUCACUGCGAGGAAGAUAGGAAGUUGACAACCAGCGUGGUUAGAGAGCUAAUGGGAAAGCAAAUGUUGAGUUACAGUGCAAAAGCUCUCUGUGUUGGUGAAGGCUCAGUGUCAGCUGUUGUGGCAUUGAGAGACCUGGGAUUCUCUGCUGUUACUGGGGUUUACAGGCACCCCUUUUUCUCUCUUAAGCAUAAGAAGUUUGUUUAUGAGCUUGAUUAUGAGGACAAUUCUUAUGAUUUUGUGUUAUCCAGGGAUCUAGAUAAGGUUUCUGUCCCAGCUCUUCUUGUGCUUGAGAUUGAGCGUGUCCUUAGGCCCGGUGGAAUUGGGGCUUUGCUCGUUGGUGUUAGUGGGUCAGACCCUACUAGCUUGAUUAGGUCUGCUACUCCAGUUUCUUCGCUACUGAAAGCUUCCAGUGUUGUGCAUGUUGAUCAUGUGAAUGAGUUUACAUUGGUUGUAUUCAAAAAGAAACUGGAAAAUACCACGUACUUUGAGCAGUAUCGUCUUCCUGCCGAUUGCCCAUCUAUGACAAACAACAAAGCUAUAUUGGAUAAUAUUGAGCCUCUUUUGGAGGACAAACCAAUUGGGUCUGAAAAAAGUAUUGCUUAUUUGCCCAAGUUUGUUAACGUAUCUUCUAAGCAACGAUUGGUCUAUAUUGAUAUUGGGGCGGGUGAGCAUUUGACCUCCAAUGUUACAAGUUGGUUCUUACCAUCUUAUCCUGUGGAUUACAAAGCCUUUAAUGUUUAUUUCGUUGAUCAUAAUACUUCGGUAAUGCUAUCCUAUGUCAAAGGGCCUGGUAUCAACUUUGUUUAUCACCCAGGCCUUGCUGGAAAUAGAGCUACAGCCAGUUCAGGAAAUAAGGCUUCCACAGGUUCUGAUAUUGUUGAUGAUUUAGAUCCAUUUGUUGAAGAUGAAGGGUUUGACUUUCUUCUCUGGUUUAAAGAUACAGUACUAUAUGCAGACUUUGUGGUUCUGAAGAUGAAUGCAGGCGCAGUGGAGUUAAAACUUCUCUCAGAUUUGUUUGAAAGUGGAAUCAUAUGUUUCAUUGAUGAGCUUUUUCUUCACUGUCCAGACCGUGACGACAGCGGAGUGGUAAAGGGAGACUGCAUGGACCUCUUCAAGGCCCUUAGAAGAACUGGUGUUUACGUCCAUCAGUGGUGGGUAGAUUAGAGAACCACCGAUCUGGUGGACUCUUGUUUUAGGUACUGUAUUGUUUGAGUCAUGAGUCGUCGUCUAUGUACUAGUACUGCUUGCGUGUGCUAUUAUUGUUGUCUACUUGUUAUCGGUUGUUGUCAUCUAUCUUCCUCAUCUCGUGUAUUGAUGUUGGGAGGAAAUCAAGUUGCUUUUGUGGUUGAGCACUAUACUAAAUAAGC